UGUCAGAGUGCACAUGGCGAUUAUUGUGAUUUUGUCUCCAUGCUUUUAAAGUAAUCUAUUGCAUGUUACCAAGAAAGGAUUACAAUGCGGGAAACACCUUUAUCCAGCUGCGAAAGAGAAUUCAUUUUGAAAGCAAUCACCGAGCACAAGAGAUUUGAUGGAAGGCAAGCAUACGAUUACAGGAAAGUAAAGAUAUCAUUUGGAGUCGACCGUGGCUGCUGCCAGGUGCAGUUAGGAGAUACGAGGGUUUUAGCUCAAGUGUCGUGUGAAAUCACAGCACCAAAACCUACACGGCCUACAGAUGGAGUUUUAUUUGUCAAUGUGGAGUUGUCUCCCAUGGCAUCACCGGGCUUUGAAAUUGGGAGGCCAUCCGAGUUUGGUGUAGAGCUGACCCGCCUUCUGGAGCGAUGCCUGAAGGAAUCCCGAUGUGUGGACACAGAGUCUCUGUGUGUUGUGGCAGGGGAGAAGGUGUGGGCCAUCCGUGUUGACAUCCAUGCUCUCAACUAUGAAGGGAACCUGCUAGAUGCUGCUAGUGUGGCUGCCAUUGCUGCCAUUGCUCACUUCAGACGUCCCGACGUGACAGUUUCAGGGGAGGAGGUCACAGUGCACAGCCCAGAGGAGCGAGACCCUGUACCCCUCAGUGUCCACCAUAUGCCCAUAUGCUGCACAUUCGCCUUCUUCACGCAAGGCAAGCACCUGUUGGUGGACCCAAGCCUGGUGGAAGAGAAGGUGAUGGAUGGAAAGAUGGUGAUAGGGAUGAACAAACACCGGGAGAUCUGUAUGCUGCAGAUUACUGGAGAAAUGCUGCUACUCAAGGAACAGGUGUUGAGGUGUUCAAAUAUAGCAGUUGUCAAGGUAACAGAAAUAUCAGAACUCAUCCUGAAGGCUCUGGAGAAUGACAGAGUAGCAAGGGCAUCGGGUGAGAAAUGUGGCUUUGCUGAAUCCGUGGAGCCAAAGAAAAUAACCACUACAAAGACAGACCGGCAGGAUGUUGACAUGGAGGAAGAUGCAGCAGACAAGAUGGCAGAGGCAUCACACAGUAGUGACGAUGAUAUGCAGAUUGCCAGACCAGGGGAUAGUUCUGAAGUCAAAGUCCUGGACAAGGGCCUAGCUGCUAUUGGAGAGGGAGGUCAGAAUACGUGGGACAUGGACGACGAUGCUGCGACAGAAGCCGUGGCAGAUGCUGCUGCUGCUGCGACCUCAUCACGUCUACAGGGCAAGGGAGACAACCAACAUCAAGUCAUUGACCUUGACAGUGGCAGUGAAGAGGAGACAACUGUGACGCUGAGUCAUGAUGACCUUCAGACUCACAGGCCCUCAACGUCGCCAGCACAACCGGCAAGUGGAAAGUCUGAGGCCAAAAAGGGAAAGAAGAAGAAAAAGAAAUAAUGUCACAGUAGCUCCAUGUACAUUCUCAUUGUAUAAAUCCUCUUCAUACCAUA